CACUGAUCUGUUCCAUUCGCCGCUCCGGAGGCCAGGGUUCUCAUAAGAUGGCUACCACACAGGGUGUCAACGUUCUGCGCUAUUCGGCCCUCGUUGCCGGUCUCGUCUACGGUUUCUACCACCAGUCUUCGAUCACCGCCACUGCUAAGCACGCCGAGGCCGAACGCGAAUAUGCCCGCCAGGAGCGCCUGAUCGAGCAGGCCAAGGCUGAGUGGAGGAAGAAGACGGCGCCCAAGGACACGCAAAACAGCGGAGUCAUUACGGAUCCCGAGGACAGCCGGUUUGACCUUGAGGCUUUCCUGAAGAUGAAGGCUGGCGAGAACUAG